GUCCGUCAGUUCCAGCCCAGACAACCCAGCGAUCGCACAGAUAGAAUCUAUCAAACUCACAGAAGAAUUCUCGCAAUGAAGACUCUGAUUGUUCUCGCUCUUCUGGUGGCCGCCGUUUCGGCCCUACCGCAAUUUGGAUUCGGACGACCAGGAUUUGGUGGCGGAUUCGGCGGCGGACCCUACGGCGGUGGCUUUGGCGGUGGUCCAUAUGGCGGCGGCUUUGGCGGUGGUCCUUAUGGCGGCGGUUUCGGAGGUGGUCCAUACGGCGGGGGAUUCGGUAAUCCCUAUGGCGGCGGAUUCGGCGGUGGCAGGCGUCAUGGCGGUGGACGCGGUGGUGGCGGUGGUGCUGCCUCUGCCUCCGCAUCUUCGUCAGCCUCUGCAGCUGGUGGUGGUGGCGGAGCGGCCUCCUCAUCCGCCUCUUCAUCCGCCUCCGCAAGCGGUGGUGGUUUCUACGGAUAAGCUGCCAGAGAGCGGAUUAUCUAGAAGUUAAGUUAUUGUUAAUGUUAAAAAAGUCUGAAAUAAAAAAAUUUUAAAACCC